AUGGAGGACGUAAUAGACGGCUUUCCCACUGCGUCGGUUAACCUGUCUGAACCAUCCACGGAGUGGAACUCGGUGGCUGCAAUCCAGAAAGAGAAGGACGAGCUAGCAAUGAAAAUGCUCUUUAUUCCGAUCGAGCAGUAUCGAGCAAUUGGAUAUCGCGCACCUCCAGUCCCAGCUGACAGCCCUGUACCCGGAAAAGAUCUUAAUAUCUCGCACAGAAAAGUGUAUGUCCGAGAUGGUUCUGAGAUAGAUAUUCGCAUAUAUACUCCCGACCACUGCACCCCGGGCUCGUUACUGUUUUUUAAUGCCCAUGGCGGAGGCUUCGUUACUGGGAAUACAGAAACGGAGGAAUCUCAGAAUCGCAUAAUUGCAGUAAAAAAUCGGGCCGUGGUGGUGAGUGUUGAAUAUCGCUGCGCUCCGGAAUUCAAGUAUCCAUACGCUGUGGAUGACUGCUUUGACGUCUUGAGAUGGUGUCAAGAGCACGCCGAUGUGCUAAAUAUCAACCCGCAUAACAUUAUUGUCGGAGGAGGAAGCGCAGGCGCAAACCUAUCGGCUGUGUUAGCUCUCCAAUUUCGAGACCUAGCAAUUCCAGGGAUCGUCGGCCAAAUACUCAACAUCCCCGUAACCUGCCAUCCUGCGUGUUUUCCAAGUGACAAAUACGAGUACAAAAGCUAUGAGGUGAAUAAGGACUCGCAGAUAGUAAACACAGAGCGGAUGCACUGGUUCUGGAACCACUAUCUGCCAGAGAUCACGGUUGAUCCGUAUAUCAAUCCUCUUCUGGCCGAGUCACACCACGAGUUACCACCCGCAUUGGUACAAGUCGCCGGUAUGGACCCCUUGAGAGACGAAGGGAUCGCAUAUGCUCGAGCUUUACAAGCGGCAGGUGUCUCUACCGUUUUGAAGGUGUAUCCGGGGCUGCCACAUGCAUUUUACAUAUAUCCACAGUUGCCUUCCACAGCAGUGUAUUUACAGACAAUGGUGGACUGGAUAGCAACAAACUUCCAGGGAAAGUCCAUAGGAGAGGGAAACUAG